AUGAAGUUUGCUAUCGUUGUUACUCUUGCUGCCGUAGUAGUAGUGGCAUCGAACGUUGAUAACCGAGGACCUACAUCUAUCCUCGAAGAGCCAUAUUCAACAAUAUCCAAUACAUUUUCCUUGGAUAUCCGCGAUGUGUCAGAGGAAAGUCGCAACCCAAUUGAAAACGGGUCGCCCAUAGCAGAUAAGCUAUGUCUUCACAGCGUGGAGGAAAUCGAAGCCGACGAAUCUGAGGCUUUCUUCCCUUACUCCGUAGAAGAGCUCAUCGCGGUUAAGGGGGAGCUCGAGCGGAGCGGUAAUUGCUCGUCUUUCCGCGAAUCCCUCCGUAUCGACAACUUCGAAGUCACACAGCCCGAAGAAACCCUAGAACCUCGAUCCGAAUCCAAUACCCACCAAAACGUCGCCAAAUGCGUCAACGCGAUCUUACCGGGCUCAGGUGCUGGGGUUGCUCCGGGAGAUGCUGAUGAUUCCGCAGCUAUACGCAAUAGGCUAUCGACAGCCGCGCUCAUUGUGGCUAUCGCUGUUUUGACGACCGCAUAG